UAGCGCAACAAAUGUACAGUGUACGUCCAGACCCCCUGAGUUAUCUAGUCUGUAUAUUGUUUGUACUCUACGGACGGUUAUCAAGUUGUUUAUUGUUGUCCGGGCUGCGAGCCGCGAGCUAAAGCUGUCUGCAAGCCGGUUUUGCAGAAUCACUCACCCACUGUGAGAAACACAAAGUGUACGACGUACACUUUGUGGUUUCGGCUUGUUAUUCACAGGCAGGGUACGAGUGGGCAAUAGGACUGAAAGCUUAGGAUCGUUAGCGACGGUGUAUUAUUUUUAAUCCGUGUCUGAUUGUGUGUGUGCAAACUAGUUCCUUAGUGUAAGAAGUGCUUUUAGGCUAGUGAAAAAUUUGUCAUUAUGGAAAGAAUUUUGAGGUUUGGCGGAGGUCUGUCGGGACUUGGACAACCUCCUCCAAAUACAGAUGGUCCAGUGGUUGACACCGCUGAACAAGUGUAUAUUUCAUCGUUGGCCCUUCUCAAAAUGUUGAAGCAUGGUCGGGCCGGUGUGCCCAUGGAGGUUAUGGGUCUUAUGUUGGGCGAGUUUGUUGAUGACUAUACUGUUCGCGUCGAUGAUGUCUUCGCCAUGCCACAGUCAGGUACUGGCGUUUCCGUGGAAGCUGUCGAUCCCGUAUUUCAGGCAAAAAUGCUAGAUAUGCUGAAACAGACAGGUCGGCCAGAAAUGGUCGUCGGAUGGUAUCAUUCGCAUCCAGGGUUUGGUUGCUGGCUUUCCGGCGUCGACAUCAAUACACAACAGUCAUUCGAACAGUUAACGGAUCGCGCAGUUGCAGUUGUUAUUGAUCCGAUUCAAUCGGUCAAAGGAAAAGUAGUCAUUGACGCUUUCCGAUUGAUUCAGGCUAACAUGAUGGUGCUUAAUCAGGAGCCUCGACAAACCACGUCAAAUCUUGGACAUCUGAAUAAACCGUCGAUUCAGGCUCUCAUCCACGGCCUCAAUCGGCAUUACUAUUCAAUCUCAAUAAACUACAGGAAAAAUGAGCUAGAGCAAAAGAUGCUCCUAAACCUCAACAAAAAGUCCUGGGAAGAGGGGCUUAUCUUGCAAGAAUAUAAGGAACAUAGUGAACACAAUAAGGCAACUGUGGAUGAAAUGUUAAAGCUUGCCAAGGCGUAUCAUAAGGCGCUCGAAGAAGAGGAUAAAAUGACACCCGAACAGCUGGCUAUCAAGAAUGUGGGCAAGCAAGACCCAAAAAGACAUCUCGAAGAAAAGGUCAACGUUCUUAUGACCUCCAAUAUUGUCCAGUGUCUUGGAGCUAUGCUUGAUACGGUUGUAUUCAAGUAGAAGAGUGGCUAUGCAGCCAGGCUACGGUGCUAACUGGCCGUAGAAUGAAUACGACGGAUGUCAGAGCUCGGCUGAUAAGCAGAUGACAACACCUACAGCCGGGCUUGCGUCGUUUGACGGCAUCGGCGGUGUACAAAGUUUCCUUAAACUGAACAUGAGGAAUGCGUGUAAUUGCUUCGUCAAUUGUACUGAUUACGGAAAUUUAAAACCAGAUAAACAGGAACAUCAGAAGAGAACUGGAACUUAGUGUAAAGCAGAAUGCAGAUAUUGGAACGAAUGUAAUGGUAUAAAUAUAUGAUAAAGUGUAGUAAAGCGAGUGUUUCUU